AAAGAACGGAAGACCUGGGGCAGCUCGAUACGAACAGUCGAACUGGUUGGAGGAUGGAAAAAAAAGGGCUCGCGGCAGAGUGGCACGUACCAUGAUAUUCAGAGGAGCGCUGAACAUUUGGGACCGUGCACCUAGGACUUUCCCAGCCGUGGUCUCCGUCACGCCGGCGCCAACACACCUCGGGCCUUGGGUGAACCAGCGGCGGAAGGCGCGGGCUGGACCCUCUCCACCUCCGGUGUUCGAGAUUCCAACCAGGAACCGCUUCGCCCCUCUCCGUCAGACCAGACCCAAUGCUGUGAUCGUCGGGGACUCCAUUGUGCGGAACGUCCGUGUAGCCUCAUCUAAAGGUAAGGUGCGCACACACUGUUUUUCUGGUGCUUGUGUCCUUGAUGUCGCUGCGCAGGUAUCCGGGAUCCUGAAGAAGGACGAGCGCAUUGGAGCGGUUGUGCUGCACGUGGGGACGAACGACACCAGGCUGUGGCAGACGGAGGUUCUGAACAGGGACUUCUCCAGCCUGAUCGAGACGGUACGAGGCAGAUCACCCACCGCGAAGAUCAUCGUCUCUGGACCUCUUCCCACAUACAGACAUGGAGCAGAAAAGUUGUUUCAUCCUGAUGGCCUGCACCCCAGCAGCCUUGGAGCGGAACUGCUGUCAGACAACAUCUCCAAGACGCUACACUCCAACCCCACACGAAUUUAUGGAGAUACUAGAGAUCCCAGAUCCUUUCUGCCUCUGGAUGGAGCUCAAAUCUUCUCUAAUUCCAGACUGCUGGGACUACGGCUGCUCCUAAGGCCAUACAGACUUCAUAUAAAUCCAUAAUGAACUUUUUCACACUAUCUAUUGUUACCCAGAUGAGGAUGGGUUCCCUUCUGAGUCGGGUUCCUCUCAAGGUUUCUUCCUCUUAAAACAUCUUAGGGAGUUUUUCCUUGCCACCGUCGCCACUCAGUGGCUUGCUCAGUUGGGAUAAAUUCACACCUUUAAUAUCUGUAUACCAUGUUGAUAUUUCUGUAAAGCUGCUUUGAGACAAUGUCUAUUGUAAAAAGCACUAUACAAAUAAAAUUGAAUUGAAUUGAAUUGAAUUGAAUAGAAUAUAAAAUGUUUAUACAAAUCAGAAGAAUAGUUAUUUUGUUGCAGUCCACUGCAGGAGUUUUUUGCUUGAUGUGUGUAACAUUCUGCAGAGAAGUCACCCAUCAGUCAGCAAAAAUACUGUACAGGAAGAACAGAGCAGGCUGCAUGACCCAGAGGGCCAACUUCUUAUUUCAGAGGAAACAUUGGAUGCAAUUUUUUCUUCAGUUUUUCAGUCAGAUGGACAGUAUUUAACACACUGUAAAGGUCAGGGUUGUACUGUUAAUAAAUAAAAUUAUAUAAAGUGCUGUCAAUUACAUAAAAUGAUAAUUUCUCUAUUUUAGUAAAUGUGAAUUUGAAAUGAUAUUACAGUUAUUUGGUAUUUCCCGAUGGCAGAAUUUCCUGUUUCCCAGACAAUAACCCCUGCAGGUCUCAACACAUCCCUUCAUCCUCCACACAGCUUCACACUUAAAGACAUGUGAACUGUACUGGAGGGAUGAACAUAAUUCUUUUGAAGUAUACUCCCUCAGUUUUGAUUAUGGUGAUGCAGAGUGCCAUCUAACACUUCCAAAAUCCCGCAGCUGAUAAUGCUGAGAUCAGUUAUAUGAUUUACAUAAUUUCCAUACACAUCAUACCAUUCAGUGAGCCCUUGUGCCCUGUCUAUGGGUACAUUGUCACUCUGA